CGUUUUGGACCCGUUUCAGAAAUAAAUAAAAACUUUGAAACGCGUUUCUGCUCCAACGCUCUAAAGAACCUAAACGCAUGUUCCAUCUUUUUUAUUUGACAUUCCCAAUCGAAAACCCGAACCUACAUAUCAUCUCCUCUGCACUCCGGCGUCUCAAGUCGUCUCUUCUCCGGCGUCUCAAGUCGUCUACUCUCCGGCGCUCGAAAUCUCGGAAAACUCUCUGCGAACUCGUCUUCUAAUCGUUAGUGCAUUGAACUGUUUGUCUUCAUCAGUGCAUCGACGGUCUCAUCUUCUGUGAUCUUCUUCGACUCUGCGUUUCCGUUUCCGGACUACAUAGAUGGAAGCUAUUGAGAAGUCUGAAGAAACUGUCUCUAAUACUGGUCAACGAUUAGCAGGAACAGUCAACUGGGGAACUGCGACUGUGAUUGGAGUGUUCGCUGGGAUGCUGUAUGGUGGCAGCAAGGAAGCAUCAGCUUCAGUAAGCAAGGAUGCAGAAGUGAUGUUAAAGCUUGGAAGCACGCCAGAUAAGCGAGAGCAGUAUCGAUUGAUGAGAGAUGCAAUGGAGAAAAGGUUUAUUCGAGUAACUCGUGGCUCCAUUGUUGGUGGAGUGCGCCUUGGAAUGUUUACAGCUGCGUUUUGUAGUUUGCAAAAUCUGCUAGCUGAGAAACGGGGUGUGCAUGAUGUUUUCAAUGUUGUUGGAGCUGGUUCAGCUACUGCAGCUACAUUUGGAUUAAUUAUGCCUGGCUCACUAAUUUGGCGUGCUAGGAAUGUGGCACUUGGAUCUGUUUUGGGAGCAGCAAUUUGUUUCCCUCUCGGUUGGGUUCAGUUGAAGCUUGUAGAGAAAGCAAAUGAGGGGAAUAUGGCUGCUUACCAUAAUUCAGGUGGAGGGGAAGUGAACAGAGGAGUUGGUGCCACAAUUGAUCAGCUUGAAGAAAAGUUGAGGAAGUAGAAUGGACCUUUCUGAUUUUAGAUGGUAACUAACAUGAAAAUUUGGGAGAAGGCCUCAAACAUGGUGUGAUGCUUUUGUCAUUAACAUAUAUCUUGGAUGUAGUGGCCUAAAAUGUUGAGGAAUAAUAGCACUCAGUCGCUCUAUAUGCAGGAGUUGGUCUACUUUUUGAGUCCUAUUGAUGUUAUAUUUUAGUAAUGUUUUUAUUACCCUUAGAUAUUGCACGCUAAGAAUUUUGUAUGAAAUUCUCUCAAUAAAUUUUGAUCCAGUUGGCAUUACUAUCAAAA